AUGAGUCAAUAUGCCCCCGUUCGUGGAUCAAAGCAAGCCACGAUUGUUGAGCAGAAGCAGCAUUUCCUCCAGACCAGGAAACACAUCUUGUCGCGUGGAAUACCGCCAUCCGAACGGCUGCGUACGCUUGCGCAAGAUGGCGGCAUAGAACUCAGCGUUAUGAAGGGGGUGCUGGAUAAAGUCAACCGCGACCUCAAACGGCACUCACGGUCAGUCUACAGCCGCCAAAUGAUUGAGCACGUUGUGGAGCAAAUAGACACCUUGUACUGGGACUCGGGCGCACAGCCCGUCGACGACCACGAAGAUGACCAAAUCGCAUCCGACAUCCACGAAGACGAUGCGAACGCGCUGUAUCAAGACGCCGAUCUCACUCUCGACGAGAACAUUGCCAAACUGUCCCCCACAUGGCAUGGCCGCGAUAGCAACGACCAAAUAACCCAAGACGAAUACCUCUCCUCUGUCUCGCGCUUGCAGGAACUAUCUGCCCAGCGGCAGACGCUACAGAACAAACUCAACACAUACCGCACACUGUUAUCGCUGCUGGAGCCAUAUCGCCAGCCCAAGGAGAGCAUACAGCCAAAUUUGGCGUGGAAAGAUGCCCCGCUAGCUCCAGAACUAGCAAAGACUCGGACAUUGGCCAUACGCGUUGCAGCGAGGGUCGAGGAGAAGUUUGGCAAUGUACAGGUGCCUGCGACCGCCGAGGAUGAUGAGGAUGUAGAAAUGGACGGACUUGAAAACCAGGGACAGAAAAAAGUGGACAAGGUAUUGGCGAGUUGGUAG